CAAAGGGAGCAGCCUCUCUCGGUUCAUCUGCCCUACGUUCUACUAUUUGCCCCCCGGCUUCUACCCGUCUUAAUUACCACCACCCCCCGACGCUAUUCCAUUGAAAACCGGCCCCAAAAAUCUCCCCGCUGCGACCGCAACCUGACCUCCCACCACUUUAUUACCGUCGAUCUUUAUACCAUCCAUUCCCCCACAAUAAACUAAGAUCGCAUCUUCGCGCAGAGCCUCACACAAUGAACAACACACCACGAAGCCCGUCGACCAAGAGCCAGGCUAGUCUUCGGGACACUGGCUUUCCUGAGCCUUUCAACGGAGAACGCAACACUACGCUCCCGCAUCCUGACGCCAACCUCUCGCCCAACGCAGUCAUCUCGCAGGAGGAUCUCGCUGGAAACCGAGCCCGCACACGACGUUCAUUCCUGCAAAAGCACAGGCGCACCAUUAGCCACGGACGCAUCACCCCUCAAAUGGAGGCACUCUACAGUAGCGAAGCUCUGGCCGAAGCCGAAGCCGCCAUCCUCGACGCAGAUGUUCCAUCCAACACGAGCCAGUCUAGUUUGCCGGCCGCGGGACGCAUUAGCAGAGACGGUGCCGAGAGCAUGCUUUCUCACAGCGGCGGCGAUUUGUCGCCCGUGACCUCGGCUCGGAGCAACGGACGCAAAGUCAGCCUGUUUAGAAAGCUCGGCUGGUCAAAGCCGUAGAGCCACAAUUUCUCCGAUACGAAAGU